GAUCUUUAUUAGUGGAUCUACAGAGAUCUCAAACAAUCAUCUUCUACUGAUACACUUAGUGGAUAUAUAUUAAAAAGCUCUGGAUCAAUUGGUCUACAAAGAUACAGGUGUCUCUUUUGUCGCUAUGUGUAGAAUACUAUUCGGGUGAACAAUAGAGUUAACAAUGUUGUGACUUUAACUUGAAGUCGGGUAUAAUCAACUACUUAUAUCGGGACGUAGACUUUCUACUCACGGUGUAAAUAACUAUUUUCUGAUGAACAUUAUUAUUAUAAUUAUCAAAAAUAACGAGAUGCGAGAUUUUAACAACAUAUUCAAUGAUGUAAAUACUGUAAUAUGUAACCGAUAAUAUCAGAUAUUAACUAAUGGAUUUUAAAUUAUGUAUUGGUUGUGUGUGUUGAUUUAUGCCGAAUAUAAAUGAUAUAAUGUGUGCUGAUUAGCGUUGAAUAUAAACCAUGUAAUUUGUGCUGAUUCACUUUGAAUAUUAACUGAUGAAAUAUGUGUAAAUAAGCGUUGAAUAUAAUCGAUGUAGUGUGUGUUCACUCACGUCGAAUAUAAAUGAUCAAAUGUGUGCUGAUUAAAUGAAAUGAAAUGAAAUGUUGUUUAAUGGCACGUCGUGUGCUGAUUAGCAUUGAAUAUUAACUGAAUAGCCUGGAAUGUCAGCUAGUGUAAUGGGUGCUGAUUAGUGUUAAUCUAUUUGUGUUAUAUCGAUUUUUAUAUGAAUUCAGGUUUGACUAGAUUAAUUCAACCUCUCAUAUAAUAAGGCUCGAAGCACGGACAAACCACUGGUUCAGGACAAUUUCACUUACUAACUAUCAGGAAGAAUUUUUAAAAGGUCAGCGUGGUUAGUGUUAGUGUAAACGAGUUUAUCACCAUGUCUAAUAUGAUCAAGUAUUUAUUACUUCUAAUAACAGCAGUGUUUGUUAUUGUUGAAUGUCAGACCACUUAUGGUUGCUAUAGACAACCAGAAUCACCUUGUUCACAACAUACUUUAACCUGUCAAGAUGAUCAAGUUAUAGCAGUAAAUGAAUACGGUAAUACUUACAUUGCAUAUGGCAGAAAUCCCGGGGAAGCAUGCCCUCAAGAUAAGAUGGAGAUAUGUAAUGCAACAUGCUGUAGACACCAACACCGUAAUGAAUAUGUUAGGGUUAACCAGACAUAUCGUUUAUCAGUUUAUAGAAACUGUUCAAAUCAACCAACCUGUACCGUCACAUCUCCUUACAGUCCUAAUACCAGUUAUGAAUAUAUGCGUUAUCCAUACUUCUGUGUUCCAGAUAAUCAGUCGCACAACAUCCUGGAGAUCACAGAUGUAAAUAUUCAAGAUGCAGCUUUUUUAUAUUACUCUGGUAAAGCCAACACUACAAGUACAACAAUUACUAGAUGUUGUAAUAUAGCAAGUACUGAACCAUUACUGGUAGAAAGUACCUACAUUGAUCUGACAGAAGAAUCAAGUUACAACGUGAAGAUUUAUUCAGAGAAUCAGACUUUAUUACCCAGUGGAGAUGGAGGUGGUUUAUUCUAUGGUUUGAGAGACCUCUUAAUUUCUGGAGACAAGAUUUACCAUGUAGUACUGGAUAACAUACCUGUUGAUAGAGAUGAUUAUAUUUUGAUAUACAUACAAGCAGGUUCAUCAAAUACAAGUACAGCUUGUGACCAUGAUUGUCCAAAUAUAAAUAUAACCUGUGAUGAUUGUCCAGCUCCAGGUGCAGCUAUAACAAAUAUAACAUGUGGUGAUUGUGGGUCUCCUUCUACUGCUUCAAGUUCAUCAAAUACAAGUACAGCUUGUGACCUUGAUUGUCCAAAUAUAAAUAUAACCUGUGAUGAUUGUCCAGCUCCAGAAUCUUCAGAUGGGUUGGGUAUAAUAAUUGGUUGUGUUGUUGGUGCUGUGGUAGUUAUACUGGCAGUGGUUGUAGUUAUAUCUUACUGUAUAAUCAGAAGGAAAAAUAAAUCAGGGGAUAAUCAUCAGGGGUUAGAAUAUAUCAAUAAUAACAACAGUGGUGAAUCUGAAUAUAAUACAAUACAAGAUGGAGAUACAACGCAACACGACAUUGGCCGUGAUUUUGUCAUCAUAGCUGCUACACCACAAAAAAACACAUCAGAAACUGUCUACUGUGAUCCCUGGGAUACCCGCAUUAAGCUAGACCCCAGAACCCAACCAUUAGAUUCGAAAUUUCAAUACAGUGUAGUGAAACCGAAAGACGCCAGACGACAGGGGGGUGGUAAACCAUCGGAAUAUGAUCACAUCAGUACAAAGAUAACCGGAGGUCAUUUUGGAAAGGAGGAAUUAAUAGAUCCAACUUACGACCAUUUUAAACACAACUCAUUAACUCCUGUGGUGAAAGAUAAAACGUAUUAUGAUCAUAUUCCAAAACGUCGCGAACAUCCUCUGUCUGAUCACUACAGCGAUCCUACAUAUAACCAUCUUGGUGAAAAAGGCCAAACCACAAAACCACAACAACAAGACAAUCCAACAUCCAACAGUCAUUACCAACCAAAUCUUGAUAAUCCUUAUACUGACCGUACUUAUAACCAUCUCCGACAACCGCAACGAGAGAACUACACCAAGAAGAAUGCUGAUGAUCCUUAUAAUGAUCCUACCUAUAACCACCUGGGUGAAAAGGGUCCAUAAUCAUAGCGAAUCACGUGGAUAUAUUCAAAGAAAAUAGAUAGAAAAGUGUCGCAUUAUGAUGUUCCUGGGAUUUGUGAUUUGGUAUUGACAUGGCAUUUCGUUUUGAAUUUUAAAUUCCUCUAUUCUAAGGUCCAGUUGGGACAGCUGAGAUCGUUCUGGAAAUGUUUUAACGCAAUAUUUUUCACGGAUUUUAUUCUAACUAGAACUGUUACACUUUCACUUCGCUAAAAUAUUUCGUUAUUUUUUCAUGUAGCUUAUAAAUUUAGUAUCACUUCCAAUGCGUCCAGUCAUAUAUGUGGCUAAAAGCACGCAUUAAUGUAACACGAGUGAUUUAUAUUCAAUUUUAAUUUUUUUUUAUAAUCUCUAAUAAUUUUGUCCGGUGAAUUACGCAAACAGUCCAAAUUGAAUGGCAGUCGUUUGUACCUGCUUAUUACAUUCUACAUGUUUCGUGUUGGUUUCGUUGAUGAAUCAGACAUUUGUAAUUACUUCCACAUUGUCUUCUGGGAUAUGUUUUCAUCUCUUCAUAACAAAAGGCGCUGAAAACUAGUAUGUCCAUAGAAUAAACGAGUCUAUUUUCAAAAGCUCAUUGUGUCUUAAAUAUUAGUUGAUCAUAACAUCAACAUUGAUUGAAAUAGACCAGUAUUGAAUUUUGAUUCAUGUUUUUGAUUUCUAACAUUAUCGAUAACCUCAAGUGUUAAAUGUAUUUUCACAUAGCUAAAUAUUUAUUUGUACUUUCACAUAGAUAAAUAUUUAUGCGUACUUUCUCAUAGCUAAAUAUGUAUUUGUACUUUCACAUAGCUAAAUAUUUAGUUAGACUUUCACAUAGCAAAAUUAUUAGUUGUACUUUUAUAUAGCUAAAUAUUUAGUUGUACUUUCGCUUUGAAAAAUAUUUAUUUAUACCUUCACAUACCUAAAUAUUUAAUUGUACUUUCACAUUGCAAAAUAUGUAGUUAUACUUUCACAUAACUGAAUAUUUAAUUCUACUUUCACAAAGCUAAAAUAUUAUUUGUACUUUGACAUAGCUAAACAUUUAUUUGUACUUUGACAUAGCUAAACAUUUAUUUGUACUUUGACAUAGCUAAAUAUUUUAAUUGGAUGACGAUAACCGGGUUCUGAUAAGCAUAACCUACAUCUUGUAUUAGUUUUAUUUAAUGUUAAAUGUACAAACAUUGUGUUCAUGAUGUAAAUUUCUUAAUUGAACUUUAUUAUGUGACAAAUUCUUAGCGUACUUAUGACCUAACUUUUAUUAUCACUGAUUAAUUAGGGGUUUUUUUGUAAUCUAUAUUGGCGCAAUCGAGCCGCUUUUAUCUGGAUUUUGAGUACACUAUAAAUGAAUAAAUUAUGAU